AUGACGCCGCACGCCGUCAUUGUAGGUCUCUGUUUACUCCAGGCCUCUGUCCACGCAGCUUCGUCUCUCCCUGGAGCACCGUAUUUUCAAGCUCCCCCGGGAUUCCCAACGUCUGCAUUCUCAUCCUACUACUAUUCGCCCGCAAAGCCAACUCAAGAACCUCAACCGAUCAUUUAUGAUCCUGUUCUGAAUAUCACUUUUCCAUAUAACUUAACGAAUCCAAAUUCCAUUCCCAAUGAAAAGAAUGACCGGGUCUACUUCCCGCAACCAGUCAUUGAUCUCACGGACAGUCAGAAACGCGCAUUGGUCCAAACUGUCAUAGCCAAUGUCGUCAGCAUCAUCCAAGACAAUAGCACACAAGAUAGUUGUGCCAAAUGCAAGGAUGCGCUGGUCGCAGCUAAGCCUAUCGCAUUGAAUGCCCCGAAGCUUGCCCCAGAUGCAAUGGUCUCCCUGUGCAAGGCAUUCGAGUUCCAUUCCAACACGACUUGCGAGGAAGAUUUCGCCGUUGCGACGUUCGGGGCGAUCUGGACACAGGUUCUGGCUUAUGCGGACGUCGAAGGUCUUGAUGGAGAAUAUAUCUGCUGGUCCCUAAGCAAGUCCUUCUGUCACGAGCCCAAGACAAGGCCGCUGGACACAAUGGAUCUCUUCCCCAAGCCUAAGCCCAAGCAUGUGCAAGUUCCCAAGGCCAGCGGAAAGCGAGUCAAGGUGCUGCAUAUGUCUGACUUUCAUUUGGACGCGCGAUACUCUGUGAGUUCGGAAGCGAAUUGCUCCUCUUAUCUGUGCUGCCGGUCCAACACCCACAACUCCGUCUCCCCGGCGCAGGUGCUUCUCCCUGCGCCUGCGUAUGGGUCAUUCUCGUGCGAUACCCCAUAUGACUUGGGCUUGGCCGCCCUCCAAGCAGUCGGUCCUUUGACUGGGACAGGCAAGGGCAACGAGUCCCUAGCCUGGACAAUCUACACGGGUGAUCUCAUUUCGCACGACCCUGAGUCGGAAAUAUCCCAGGCAUACGCCGAGUACACGGAGACGAGUGUGUUUGGGAUGCUCAAGUCGUACUUAACUGGCCCUGUAUUUGCAGCGUUGGGCAAUCACGAUACCAGCCCGUCUAACAUCGAUUCACCUCAUAACCUCCCUGGACGGUUGGGGGAGCAGCAGAGCUGGAACUACCGCCACCUCUCAGGACUCUGGUUGCACGAGGGUUGGAUCUCGCCUCAGACAGCAGCGAAGGCACGCACGCAUUACGGUGGUUACUCUGUCAAGACCCAUUAUGGCUUGCGCAUUAUAACAUUCAACUCAGACUUCUGGUACAAGAACAACUACCUCAACUUCAUCAACACCGAGGAGCCCGACAACUCCGGUACCUUCUCAUGGAUGAUAUCCGAACUCCAGAGAGCCGAAGACGCAGGCGAACGAGUAUGGAUCGUCGCCCACGUCCCUAGCGGCUGGGACGGCACCAACGCCCUCCCCAACCCAAGCAACCUCUUCUACCAGAUCAUAGACCGCUACUCGCCCCAUGUCAUCGCCAACAUCUUCUUCGGCCACACGCACGAGGACCAGUUCACGAUCUACUACGCCAACAACGGCACGGUCCGCGACGCCUCCACCGCCCUAACAACAGGCUGGAUCGGCCCCAGCAUCACCCCACUAACGAACCUGAACAGCGGCUUCCGCCUCUACGAAGUCGACACGGGCGACUUCAACAUCUACGAAGCGUAUACGUUUUUCAGUAAUGUGUCUGAUUUCACAUCCAUAGAUGUCGCUUCAGUCGGGCCGACGUACGAAUUCGAAUACUCUACCCGCGAGACGUACGGAGAAGCCGCGAACUGGGAGAAAGAUGCGCCGUUGAACGCCACGUUCUGGCAUAAGGUGACUGAAGCCAUGGAGAAAGAUAUCAACCUCAUCAGUUUGCAGAAUACCUUCCAGGGGAGAAUGAGUGUUAUGAGUCCGAACUGUACGAACACCGAGUGUCAGAAGGCCAGGGUUUGUUACAUGAGGAGUGGGAGUGUGGCCCUUGGGAGUGAGUGUAUUCAAGGGUACGGAUCUGUUCAAAGCGCAUUUGACUGAGGGAGUGAGUUGUGGAGUAUGGAGUAGAGUGAUGCAGUCAAAUCUCUUUAUCAGAGUAGUAAUGCUAAUCUAGAUAAUCCCCAAUCUUCUAAGAAGCCAAUAUGAUAUA